CGUCAGUUUAGAAAACUUGAAAUAUUUUUAGGUUAGUUGAAAUCUAUUUUCGGCUUUUGUUCAAAAUAAAAGGAAAUAGUUCUAAGUAAAUUAACUAAAAUGCCACAAAUAAUGGUGAUCGUCGCAGCUGCACAUUUGAUAUUUUGUCCCUUUACAAAAGUCGAAGAAAGUUUCAAUCUUCAAGCAAUUCACGACAUUUUAUACUUCCGAACCAACUUAUCGCAGUAUGAUCACAAUGAAUUUCCUGGUGUUGUACCUCGGUCAUUUAUAGGACCAAUUUUUAUUUCUAUUCUAGUGUCUCCCAUUGCAGCUUUAAUUCAAUAUUUCCAAUUAAAUAAAUUUUGGGCUCAAUACUUGGUUAGAGCCGCCUUAGGUAUUUCUGUCAUUGGUGCAUUUAGAGUCCUAAUUUCAUCCCUUCAAAAAUUUUUUGGUACACAAUGGGUCCAAUGGUUUAUUGCUGUUACAGUAACACAGUCACAUUUUAUGUUUUAUUUAAGUCGUCCGCUUCCUAAUAUUUUUGCUUUACCCCUAGUUCUCUUGGCUGUGAGUAGUUGGCUAGAAAAUAAUUCGAAGCUGUUUAUUAUAUUUUCUGGUGCUGCAAUAAUUAUAUUCCGAUUCGAUGUAAUGUUAUAUUUAGGUUUAUUGCUUUUAUACGACUUAUAUUAUAAACGAAUUACGAUCAGAAGAUUGCUCCAAAUUGGAAUACCCACAGGAGUAUGCUUACUAGUAAUUACGAUUAUUAUUGACUCCGUUUUUUGGGGUCGUCUUCUUUGGGCAGAAGGGGAAGUGCUUUGGUUCAAUACAAUUCUAAACAAAAGCUCAGACUAUGGAACAUCACCAUUUUUGUGGUAUUUUUAUUCUGCAAUACCUCGUGGCUUAGCUGCUUCCGUUUUCCUUGUUCCAAUUGGCUUGUACUUGGAUCAAAGAAUUCGAUACAUCGUUCUUCCAGCAAUACUAUUUGUGUUGAUUUAUUCGUUACUACCACACAAAGAACUUCGAUUUAUAAUUUAUAUUUUUCCGAUUUUAAACAUUGCAGUUGCUACAGCCUGUCACCGUUUGUGGGAAAAUCGUGAUAAAAGCCCAUAUAAUUAUUUUGUUUCCUUGGGAAUUAGCGGUCAUUUGAUUGUUAAUGUUCUUUUCACGUUAUUUUUAAUAAGUAUAUCCAGUACAAAUUAUCCUGGAGGCGUGGCAAUAUCCAAAUUACACCGACUUGCCAAUGAAGAAAGCAGUGUGCAUGUUCAUAUUGCAAACUUAGCUGCACAAACAGGGGUCUCGCGAUUUACUCAAAUAAAUCCACACUGGAUAUAUAACAAAACGGAAAAUUUGCUACCCGGGUCUGAAGAAAUGUUCAAGUUUACACACUUGAUUGUAGAAGCAAAGAGUAAAUUUUCUCCAAAUUUGAAACCUUAUUUAUCCACACACAACUUAUUAGAUUCUGUUGAAUCUUUUCAUCAGCUUUCCUUUGAUUAUUUGUCUAUUCCACCUGUUAAAAUAAAAACCAGGCCAGUUCUUUUUAUACUUGAAAGGAAAGCUAAUUAUAAAGAUUUGAUGCGCCUUGUAAUUUCUAACGACGAUAAUAUUGUCACUGAAAAUUCUGAAGAUGAUGAUAAUGAAGCAUCGAAGGCAGAAAAUAUUUACCAAUUGGACGAAAUCGACAUAACUCAAAGUAUCUCAAUUAAAAAAAGUACAGAGAACAAAGUAGAAAAUGAAAAAUUAAAGCCGAAAUUAUUAGAGAAGAAAGUCAGUUCUGUAGAAAAUUUAAGUGUCAAAGAGAAUGUUAAGAAACUUAUCAGGGAACUUAAGGAAGAAAAUGGCAAAAAAAAAGAAAUGGACUCUAAAAAUAAAUAUUCGAAGAAUGUAAAUAAAAACGGUUCAGAAAAUAAGGGUAAUUCUCAGAGGACGUUUUCCUCUCUGAGAGAUAAAAAAUAUAAUAAAAUUGGCAACAGAUCACAAGGAGUGAAAGAGAAUAUUAAACAAAUAAUUAAAAAUUUUCGCAAAGAAUAUUUAGCUGAAAUGAGAAAAGAAAAACUUGCGGAAAAAGAGAAACAAUCAGAAAAAGCAAUUAGCAUAGUAGAAAAUGACAAAGAAGCAUUCAAUCGAAUAACAACUCAAAUUGUUGAUAUAAUAGAAUAUAAUUUUAACUUAAUUGACAAAGAGUCUGUUAGACAACGUAUCCAAACCCUUAUUUUGGAAGAAGUACAUAGUGGUAUUGAGUACAUCUCUGAUAGUAAAACUCCGAAAAGAAAAAUUCCCAAAGUAUUGGGUAUUUCAGAAGUAAAAAUAGGCAAAAAUAAACCUCCAAACCAAAAGCAAAAAGCAAUACAUGAAAAAUUUGCUGAUGCAGAAGUGGAUAUUAAAAUUGAAACUGAUUUUUUAAAUUAUAAUGGUCAAAAGACAAGUGAUAAAGAUCCUGANGCAACUGUUUUGGAAUUCAGGUAA